AUGGAGGUGGAGGAGGAGGAAAGACGCUCUCCACACGAUCAUGUGGAUCGGUGUGUUCCCGAGAGCUUCUUUGAUCGCGUAACGCAAGGGUUACGCGGCGAUCUCGAACAUGAGCGGGACAGGCGUCUCCAACUGGCGGACACUGCCUCGAAGCAUCGAGCUGAGUUUGCCUUUGCUCAGCUUGAGAACGAGAGAUCUCUGACAUCUCUUCGUGACGAGCUAAGGGUAGCUCGUGGGAUUGUUGAUCGGUCUCGGGCUGAGAUAACUGCUCUUCAGACCCUUGUUGAUGCCCACCAUCGGGAGCACAAGGCUCUCUGCGAGAUGCUUGAGCGCAAGGGCGUUCUUCAUCGGAAGAAGCAGCGUACUGAUGGUACGGCUUAA